AUGCAGGAAGAAUGGUAUGCCACAGUAAGAUAUGAGACCAUUCAAAAUCACAUUUUAUCUAUAUAAAGAAAAAAAUAUAAUGUAGCUUUUCUAAACAAAGCACACCUCUAAAUGCAUAUCAGCCCCCUUCCCUGUGGUAUGACUGUUCAACUGUUCGACAACUGCAAUCCACAGACUUGUGGUUUCAGUCGUCCACUGAUUGAUAAGUUGGUAAAACUUCUGCUUGCUUCACACAAAUGUUCAAAAAGUGAUACCAUGGUCCAAGGUAAACCAUUUCAUUCUAUCACUAAAUUCCACAGGAAAACAAAGACACAUUUCAUUUAACCUAUGAAGCCAAUUCGUGAAAGAUCGUAACAAGAAAAAUAAAAAAAAUCCCUCUAAAUUCUCAAUUCGCAUAUUUUACAAAUCAUCCCCAUGUUCUUGUUUUUAUCAAUUUUCCAUUUUUCCAGGCUUUAUUUAAAGUAGGACAUGCCUCUUGUCAUCCAACCCUCUUGCCAAAGUCUGUUUCCAUUUCAAAGUAAAAAUAACUAUGCCUUCCUGCAGCCCAUUUUGACUGCUGUUGCAAGGCUGUGUAAUGCUAAGGGACUGUACAUUGUUUCCAGGCUCUCUCCACAAAAAAGGUGGAUUGGCUCCCCCUGUUGCUUGUUUCAAAAACACAUCACAUUACUGAACACUUCAUAUCUGUUUCACUCAUUCAAGUUAGAUUCUUAGCCAGCUUGUUGCUUUUUGGCAUGCAAAUCCUAAAGCUCCAAAUUUACAGACAUGCAGCAAACAUAAACAACUUAGUGUGUCUCAGUGUCCUAACUGCUCCCCAACAUGAUUUCCUGUAAUUACAACUUCACCAUAAACACUGAAGAGAACUUCCUGUAGACAAGAGGAACAGAAAAUUCUCAGAUAAAUAUAACCGCAAACUUUUAAUGAAUUAAUCAGAUUAAGGAACAAGACAGGCCUCACGCAGAGCAGCCCAUUAUUACACUCCAUGCCUGCAGCACAUGUUAAAGCAGGUGUAGGCGUGCGAGAUGGGUGAUGAGCACUUCUGCAGGCUGGAGGAUGUGGUUUGAAAGACUGAAAUGAUAUAUCAGGCUGUCAGGGCUCAAAAAGCUUCAGGCAGUAAACUGUGACACUGACAUUUAAACAAAAGGAUGAUGAAGUGGGUUAGCACUGCGGUCAAGGUUUAACACUCAAGGUCUGAAUUUAGGUGUAGUCCCCUGAUCUUAGCCUUUUGCUCAAAUUUAUUUAAAUUGACAUAAACUACAUUAACACUGAAUCUCUGAGUUCAUACUACAACACAGCUGAGUGAAAAUUAUAAAAAGCAUAUUUUACCAUCUUUUUAAGCGUCAUUUCAUUAAACAAUAGAUAUGUAUCUUAAUGGGUGUAAAAAUCACUGAAGUGAAGUCACGCAUAGGCCACAUACUGUAUACAUUAUUUAAUCAAGCCUUUGAUAUUAAAUAUAACAACACAAAACCAACUGGAUAAAAGCAAUUAAUUCAGAGCCCAACUGCAACCAUGUCACUGUAACACAGAAUAUGAUAUAAUGUAAUAGGAUCCAAGAUAACAUGAUAAAAUCUGUUAUGAUGGAACAUUAUAUGCUACAACAAGAUGUGAUAUGAUGCAGCAUGAUAUGAUAUUAUAUGAUACACUGUUUUUUACCUUUAGAGAAGUUUGUCUGUUUGGUCAAUGUGCUGCACAUUUACCUGACCCUACAAUAUCAAUAAACCAAAAGACUGAAAGACAAUAUAGAUCCUCUUUUAAACAGGGCAGGACCAUAAAGGAGGAAACCAUAAACCAUAAUACACAUUAUAUUACAAAUUACCCAUGCUGUAUAUGUUUUGCACUAAACAAAUCAUUUAAAAAGAGAGAAAAAGAUGAGAUUACCAUGGUACUUUCACACAACUCAACUUUAAGAAUGAAGGUUUUGAGAAAACCACAAAGUUUGUGUGAAUAUCCAGAGCAGAGAGUGAGAGGAAGUUUGUCUGUGUGUGGGGAGCAGGAAGCCAGUGCUGCUGUUUAAGUCAUAUAGAGAUGCUGUUGUUCCAAAAGCAAUGAGUUAAACUUGUUAAACACCAGCAUACAAGCGAGACAUUCUCUACUGAGGGCUGAUUGAUUUCCAGCAAAAACUUGACAGAUUUCUGUAUGAAUUGGAUUUAAUACAUUCAAAUGGAAUCUUAUGAUUCAAGUUAGCUGAGUACACUAGCUCACUUCAAGAUUUCAUAGCAAUUGCAGCUUUACAGAGUAUAACUGGGCUUAGUGAUCCUACCUGAGCGGGCCCCCCGGAGCCUGAAAAGCACCCUGGAGCGGAAUCCUGAGGUGUCACUAUGAGAGCGGCGCCUGGGGAGAGGCCACAGCAGAUGGAAAUGCUUCAUCUCCCUGUGAAUGUCUCCCUCCUCUCUCUCCUCCUCCAUGGUUUUCUAUUUUAUCAGACAACAGCAGAUCACACACAAAGGCAAGCAGACAGGAAACCUGGUGUGAACCUCCUCACCAACAUAAAAUAUUCCUGUGAAACUCACUCAGACUUUUCAGCUGCAACAGAAGUGAGAGAGAGAGAGAGAGAGAGAGAGAGAGAGAGAGAGAGAGAGAGAGAGAGAGAGAGAGAGAGUUCCUGUGUGUGUUUGUCAACGCCCACUGCCUCUGCUUCUCAUAGACAGUUGUAAUGACUGCAUGAAAUGUAAACUGUGACUUGUAAUUAUCUGCGGCCUAUAUUUAACUGACUGUUUCACCACUUCUAUAAAGUUUUACAAAGUCUGAGUAAAGCAAAAGGCAUGCACAAGAUGGGACACUUCAAAAUACACAUCUUUUUGUCUAAAAACAAAUAUAAGGUAUGAAAAGUUGGCCUGACCCAAGAUGUUUUUUAAGUGUAUCUCCCUUUAUUGCAACCCCCCCAUAAAUAGUUUGUAUCUGCAGAGAGCCUAGUUAUUGUGUCAAGUCAAAUAUAAAGUUGCAUUGGGGUCAAAUUGCAUGUGGUCAAAUAUGAAAACAUGACUUGCUGCCAGAACAAGCUUCAAGUAAACACUAUCCAUAUUCUGAUAUAAUCUAUAGCUUCCACUUGCUAAAAUUAGAGGUGGUUAAUGGAAUAUUGACUUGUGGAAGACCAAUUAGUUAUUACGCAAUGACAAAUGUCAUUUACUGAAUCAUGGAAGCUGAAAAGACAAAACCACGUGGCUGCACGUUUUGAACAUUAGGUGUCACUGUUCACCACCCUGACAAAGUUUCAGCUCCUCAUGUUGACAUUAUAGACCAUCUUGGACCACACUAUGAGACGAUAUUUAAGAAAGAGCUCGUACUCUGAUUUAAUUUUCCAGGAGCUAGUGCUUUGUAAUACCACUCUAACUGAGAUAAAUCACUACAAUUUAUUCACUCUGUUUUCUCUUGACGAAGUGCUCAUUUUGAUUCUGUUAUCUGGACCUUGACUUAUUUUUCUUGUUAAAUCGGGAUGACAAAGUUGGUUUCCUAUCUUAACCAGUUUAUCUCACAAUCUUGAGAUGAUACUGCUUGUUUUCUUGGUGAAUCAUGAUACAUUUCUAAUGAUUUAGAAAAAAGCAAGAGGUUAACCAUUGGAUUGACUAGUGUUGAAGGAAGUUAAGGUAGUCUAAUUUAUAAGAAAGCAGAGUGUAAAAAGUCUUUAAGCUAAAAGUUCCUAGAACUGUAUCCAAUCACAGGUGAUAAAUGUUUGAGCCAGAGACCUACUUUUAGGUAAUAUAGGGGAGAGUGGGGUAAGAUGAGCCAUUUUUCAUAUUUUGGAUCACUGGAUCAAGGCAUUCAUAUAUUUCAAGAUGUUGUGCAUCCUUGCAAAACAGCAGAAUGAGUGUGAACAUAACUGUCUUGAUAAUAUAGCAUGCCAUAAAAAAAGUGGUCUCCUAUGGUCAACUCACCCCGUGUAUGGGGUAAGUUGUCCAUAGGAGUGGGGUAAGUUGAGCCAUAUCCCUACUGCCCCCCUACUCUCCACCCCAGCCCUCCCUCACCUUCUCUACUCCUAAAUAACAGUCACUUCUUCAUAUUCAUGUGUAUUUUUAUCUAUUACACGCUACUGCUAAAAGGCUGUUUUGUAAAGUCAUUUUAACAUGAGAAUGCCCUUUUCUUGAUUCAGAACAUUCACAGCUGUAUUUUUUUAAAAGAAAAAGUAACACAUUUCAACAAUCUAAACUGAAACUCUGAUCCUCUCAUCAGACUCCUUUACUUUCUUAGUUGAACCAAACGCCUCAACUUACCCCAGAAGUACUAUGAUGACUUUAUUAGUCCUCUAAGCUAAAAUGGUGGACUUUCAUGCUAUGGUUUUUGACCUCAUGUUGUAGCUCAAAGAUACCACAAUUGAUGUAUAUAACAAAUUUAAAAUGAUCUUUUUUGGUCUGAACACAAUUCUCACAAAACUUAUGACAGACUAAAUUCACUUUCAAGAGUGAAAAAUGACCCCUUCACCCAUGUGCUUCUAACCUUCACAGACUCCAUGAAUUGAUGCCCAUCUCCUUAAUAUUUGGUCACAUGAUCAAUUUCUUUGACCAUUUCCAAGCAACAAGGGGUGGAUUAACUUACCUUUUGGCUCAACUUACCCCACUCUCCCUUACAGUGAUCUUCAGUUCUUACUUUGCUGACCUUCAUACCAGUUAGUAAAGCAGUAAACAAGUAGGGAAAAUACUUGAGAGGAUACUCCACAUUAUGCAUCUUGUCUGAACAUUUGAUAUCUACUUAAAAGUUUAUUUUUAAACUCCAGAGGGAUCAUCUUUUUAAUACACGAUCUCUGUCCCCCUCUCACUAGCAGCAGCAGUACUGGAGGAGCUCUGUGUGUACUGAGCAGUGGAGAUGGGCUGAGGCAGCGAGGCGACUUAACCACACCGAGACCAACGACCGCUGUGGGCAGCACUCAAAUAAGAAAGGACACAGGUGAGCUGACCCUGGAUAUUGUCCAAAACUGCUUUCCAAUACGAACGUACUUCUAUCCUCGCACAGCCAAAGUUGGUGGUUACGCUUUAGGAGGCAUGCUAAGUCGUGUAGCUUGAUGUAAGCUAGGUCAACGGUUGACGUGUGUGACAAAACUUUUAGCCAGUCAGUCAAAAUUAGCCCGUAAAACGCUUCUACUUAACAAAUAUACAACAGUGUAAGAAAAAUAGCGUUUAGGUGGUAAAUAAAUAUAGCGUGACAUAUUUUGUAAACGUGUGGUGUCUGGGGUUCUGGUUUGGGGUAGUAGCUGUUAGCUGACAUGAGCCAUGUCUCCCUGUUAAGUUCAGGCCAGCGACCACAGUCGUUGCUGCCGCUAACUCAACGCUUGUUGCGGUGAUUUGACGUCCAUAAUGCUAGCAGCCGUAAUCCCGCUCCUUUACAUGUCACCUAAAUUGUGCUUUUUUACAUUAUCUCGUUUGCAGGGGCGUGUCUAAACUUUUAUUCCCGUGGUGGCCGUUCUGAGUCACUGAUUUAUACUGUUAUGGCGUAAAACAUGUAUGUACUAAAAUGCAUCCAAUCCAAUACAAAAGCUCUACCAGAACUUGUACUUAUGCCAAGUCUCCACACUAUAAUUUUUUUGUUGACAUGGUCGGAUAGGUGAGACUUGUUAUUUUAAUCGUUACUUGUUGAAUUUGUAGCGAGUGUAUCACCAACACCCAGUGGUUGACACUCAGCUUAGUGUCAACCACUGAACACACUCCAGUACACCACCAACAACUAAGUCUUCAUUCAUAAUUUAAGUACAGUAAUCACCAACAGGGGACCAGGGCUUGAGAGAAGUUUUGUGUAGGAUUGUCUAACAUUAUAAAGUUCUAAAUUUUGACAAAAGCUUUUUAUUUGUUUUUUGUCAAAUAGGGCUGGGCGAUAAAACGAUAAUGACCAUAGACUGUAUUAAUUGUAGCAGCACUGACAUCAGCACGGUGGGCGUGGUGUGUAACGUGCCAGUGCGGCUAUUUUGACAGACAUAACAACACUGAGUGCAUUGGAAUGAAUGAAAUUAGGAUGACGUUAGGUUUUACAGAACAACUUUUUAUUAACUGACUACAUAGUAACAGAGAAUGGAAUGGAGAGAACAAAACUUGGACUCAACAUACUGUACAGGGACAAGCUGAACAAUGAAGAAAGAGAGCAACAGUUUUGUUGUUGACACUGUGUAUCUGCAGUUUGUGUACCCACCCAGAUGUGAAAAAAAUGUGGGCCAAGAGAGACUUUUCAUUAUGGAAGGAAUCAAAUGUAUAAUAGCUUGUUCCUUCAAUGAGGUACUUCAUCACAUGCACUUGGUUAAGAGGUGGUAGCAUCUCGAAAUCAUCUUCUGACCAUACAGUGUGUUCAUAUGGGUCGAGUACAGCAAUGUCCGCAAUUUUGUACAAUAUUGGUUUCAGGAAAUGGAGAAAAAACAUGGAAUUACCGAGAGCUUUUUGGCUUCAAAUCCAUGUACUGGCGGAAGGCAGAACCAAGUUGUCCAUAGUAUAUACAGUCCAUGAUAAUGAUAAUGACAAAUUAAUGUCCCUUGAUAUCGAUAUUAGACACGGUCAAUAUGCUUUUCGAAAGCCAGCAUUCUGGCAUGUUUUGGUAGACUAUAUCAAUAGCUAAUAAAAAGGGGAGUUGCUCAGGGUCCGCACCAAAAAGAUUGGUCCAAAUGAACCAAUCCUGUGCUGAAUUAGAACCAAGUAGCAAACAACCGCAGAUGAAGAUGAUGCAGAUGAAGGCUCAAUAGAUGAUGACAUUGUUGACAACACUGGCAUGAAAACGUUAGUGGUGUUUCUUUGAGGUCAGACAUGAAGCAGUGCUGCGAGGCAGAGCACACAUAAUGCAAAAGUUUACAAACCCUGAGCGGAGUGAGUGCAAAGCAGACCACAGCACCAGUCAACAUUACAAUUACUAUUUUGACAGUGCCCGAAACAGCCCACCAUUCAGUUUGCUACCUCUAGUACAACGCCUUACGACAAAAUAUUAAAAAGACACAAAGAUCUCACAGAUGCAGUAGCUAAUUGUAUUGCAAAUGACAUGGUUCCAAUAAGCACUGUUAAAUUUUAUUUAAGAGUAUCAGGGAACAUUUAAGAUUGAGAAUUGUUUUUUUUUUUUUGAUACAGUGAUAUAUAUUGAUAGCAACCGAUACAAAAAAAUUAUUGUGAUAAACUUUUUCCAAUGUCGCCCAGCCCUACUGUCAAAAACAGGGGUUUUAAAUAUCAGUUAUUGGUCUCAUUAGCUAUUAUUGAUCAGAAUUGGUAUUGGCCCUGAAUAACCAAAAUCGUCGAAGCUCUUAUCACCUGUUUGACCAUGACAACAAAAGCUAAUGUCCUCCUGAAAGCAUUAUGUGUUGUGAAGCUGUGGCAUUCGAUUGCAUUAGGUUGUUCAGAUGUUCAUAAUGUAAUGGCUGUAAUGGUUGGUUUAUAAUAAAAUGUAUAACUUGAAGGCCUUUCAAAUGAACAAAACAAAGUGGCAACUUUUCUUUCUUAUCAAUUUAACUAAUAAAGGAUGUAAGAAGAGGCAUAUCUAAAGUUACUACAUUUAAAAUUCAAUGGUGGUUACUGUUGACCUGUUACGAGGCAAACCAGACAGUUGAUUCAAACAAUGGUCCCACAUUUGGGGAAAAUGUUUAAAGUUACACAUGCCCCUGUGUAAAAAAAAAUUGUUUAGUCAAUAUAAGAUCAGUAACUAUAUGCUCAAACUGAAGUUAAGCAUGUCCCAAGCAUUAUCUAUAGAGCAUAUUAAUAUACUCUGCUCUGAAAGUAUACAACUGUGGUAAAUAAGACCACAGACCAUGGUACUUCACCGUACAAAGACUGUCAAACCUGCUGCAGUGUUGAACCUGCUGCUCAAAAAGCCAAAGAGACACAAACGACCCUUUCCAGCUGAACUGGAAAGCCCAGAUUUUUUUGAUUCCAUCAUUAUAUAGAACAUCCUUAACACUUAACCUUAUCAUGAAGUGCAUAUGCAGUAAGCAUAACUUGUGUUGAUACAUUAAAAAGAACACAACGUUUUGUGUCCCACUGUUAGAUUUCCAGCUGUUGUGUGACUUUAAAUGAUUCAGCGGUGGUAUACUGUCAGGAAAGAAAAAUAUUGACCCUCCACUGGGUGCACCAGUUAGCCCCUCCUCUUGUUUUAUGACUUCUCUUGUGUGACCAGUUGGCUGCCAUGUGAAGAGGACAAAACCUAGCAACAAAUGUUGGGAGUGAGUUUACCCAGAGGAUGUCUGACAUCUACUGUAUAACAAACACGGCUUACACAGCUUUAGUGCUGUUACUUCAGACUCACGUUGAGGUGCUGUCUCUUGGUUCUUAGACGGUAUGCUACGCAAUCCAGUGAGGUUGGCAGAGGUGACAUCAUAGAGCAGGAGAAAGUUUGUACUACAAAUAUAUAUAAGGUUUGCAAGAUGAGCUACAUGAAAAUAAAAUACAGCGUAAAUAAGACCAACAAAAAGGAAAGACAAAUGAUAAAUUAGAUAAACAGCUGAAAAAAUGGUGUAAAUCACAAUAUAUUGUAUCGCAAUACUCACUGUAUUGCAAAAUGUUAAAAAUCGCAAUAAUAUCGUAUUAUGGUUAGAGUAUUGGAGGGCCACGAGUGAUUCCCACCCCUAUUCAGCAGCUCGGAAAUGAGCAGAACCUCUUUGGGGGAUUACAGGGAUUGCUGAUAAGUCUCAGUAGGUUCAAAACGACAAAUGAGAAACCUAUUUUCUCCUUGCUGUUUAAGAUCUUGUCAAAGUAAUACACUGUAAGACUAUUAAAAAAAACUAAAGAUAAUAGGUACUUAAAGUGUCAAAUCAAAUGUGGUCAGAAUUCUUUAAACAAAAACUCAAGUGGUCUGCGUUGGAAAUAUCGUAUUCCACAACUAGAGCCAUCAUGUUUUCUGGUUGUCCAUCUAUACUUUUAUAAGCAGUCAGGAGUAUUUUAUUUCAUCUGGUUUAUGGUUUGUUUAGAUUUGUUUAUUCAUCCCAGGGAAUGAUAUGAUUAGAGAACCCAAACUAGCUUUGCUCCUCGUGUUUUAGACGACUGUCCAUUAACAAUCACAUUCUCACCCGAAAAACAGAAGAAAAGGUAUAAUCUGAUAUAACGCUCGCACAUAAAAUGGUGUUUCUGCAAUGUGGUGACAUCUUUUGUUUAAAAUGAGAUCACUCUUUCCAUAGCUAUGUUUUUGGGGUGAUUCAUGCAUUCUUGUUUGUAUAUUCUCAGUGCACUCUCCACUCGGUUUGCAUUGAUGGAUGUAAAACUACAAAUUGACUCCUUUGCAGUGGCUUACAAACACGAGACAAUAAUUCUAGUUCGGUUCAUGUGUUGAGAUUAAAACAAAGUAUAACAGCAUUUAAACUGCAGAUCCUUUACAACACAUAGAGUACAUGGGUGCCUGUUUAACUGAGUCAGGAUUUUGUUUUGCAUUAUCAUUUGCAUCUUUUUCUGCAUUACUGAAAUGCAUGACCAUGCAUGCAGCAGCACCUCCUGUACAGGAUCACUAAACUCAACACAGAGACGUCUCUCACUCUCGCAUGACAAUCAGCGUUUUUGUACACCGAGGAGACAGCCGCCUCUGACAGUGCUGCUCCUCUCUGGUGCCUGUGUGUCAAAUGGGAUGACUCGCAUAUAUGCAGGCGCUAACUGCGAUGCUCUCAGCACAGUAUCCAUGCAUAACAACCGGGCCUUUUGUCCCAGCUUUGCCCCCAUCCACCCACACAGUCCUCAUAACAUGGUGGAGAAAGAGCGUCUUUAUCUGUGCUUUCCAAAGGCUCAUUUCAGUCACAUAUUUUUGGUUCAGUCCAAAAAGACAGCAGCCUCAGCAAGCUAAUACGACCACAACCGUAUAGUAACACGCAGACAGACAAGGUUUGACAUUGACGUGUCUGCAUUCAUACUCAGAGCAUUAAACAGAUUGUACAACGAUCAUUUACUCUUCUCAUUAGGUAUAGUGAACUGUGCAGCCGAAGGAGGUGCCAGACUUCAGAAGGUUAAAUAUUGCACAUUUUGUUCCUUCUCCUGAGAGGCGUUUGUGUCGUUCCUUUGUGUCUAACAUGGCUGAGCUCAGUGACGUUUUUUUUUUUUCCUUUUUUUUGGUUUCUUUUUGACUGUGCUCAAGUGGGUGCUCAGCUGUGUACGGAGGGAGGAGAUAGAAGGGGCCGGUCAGAGGCUUGCCAAAUCGGAUGAGAGAGCAGUCGGGGAGGAGAUAGUACAGACAGUGUGAGAGGAGUGAAGUGCAAGCGGAGAGGGAAAAGGAGAGCGAGAGCAAGCCAGGGUGGGUGGAGGAGGUGGAAGAGAGAGUGACAGUGUGUUACAGGAGGGAAAAAAGGGACCUCUAGAGAGCAAAAAGAGGGAGAGAGAGUGGGUGAGGCUGAUAUAAAAGGAUAAAGGCGGGGUUGUGGUUUGUGUCACAUGAUCUUUUGGCAGGCAGUUGUGAGCUCCAGGUGGCAGAAAGAGCAGAGAUACAGAAGAUACGGAGAAAGAAAGAAAAAGCAGGAGCAGGCACGCUAGCAAAGACUCACUACAAAAAACACCUCAUCCGCUCCCCCUCACUCCUCCUCACACCUCUCUCUUCGUACCCUUUUCCUCUCUGUCCUUUAGGAAUUCUCCACGGUCCCUUUUGCACCCUGCUCCUCUUUGCUCCCGGCCCCAGCAGGCCAGGGAAUGUCCCCACGGCGAGAUGCCUUACGUGGACCGACAGAACCGCAUCUGCGGCUUCCUGGACAUAGAGGAGAACGAGAGCAGCGGCAAGUUCCUGCGCCGGUACUUCAUACUGGACACACAGCAGGGAAGCUUAGUGUGGUUCAUGGACAACCCACAGGUAAUUACACAGAGCUGUGUUAGCUUAGCUAUUAGCUUUGUUUUUGGAAAGAAACCCCCUCGAAAAUGUGUAACUUAUUGACUGAAAACUGGACAAUUUACAUUCAUCUGCACACGAGCUAGUUGAUCAUCAAGAACAGAACCCACUUGUGCAACUGCAGGCUACCUAUAGGCCUGCUGUAGCUAGGUUGUCUUCAUUCAUUAUGAACACAAAGCCAAGUUUAUACUGAGGGUUCCCUCUGCCAGACAGCCUGGCCAUGGUGGGGGAUCUUGCAUUGUGUAAUUUGAGUUGACAGCAUUUAGAAAACACACGCCACAGGAAAAGAGUAGUUCAGGGCUAAUGGUGCGUUACACUUCAGCCAUUUGAGUGUAUCGGUUUGAAUGAGGAUUGAAUGAAUGAAUAGUGUAACGUGACAAAAACUUUGAUUUUUUUUGUCCUCUUGUAAUCUCAACCGCAUAAAGUGCUCCCUGAUAUUUCCCGAUGACCCCAGUGGUCGUCAUUUUCUGCCUCAUGACCCUCCGUGUAACCGUGCACAGUGUGUUUCUCCUCUCGGUUUGUAUAUCAUGCUGGUUUGGAAAUGCUGUAUUUGUUCGCGCACUGUUACAUGAAGUAUUCAUAGAUCAUGUAGUGCUGGAGAAAUUUUGAAUAAUUCAGCAAGUCUCUUUCUUUUUAUAGGUGUAGAAAGCUAAAAUUUUAAUGAAGUUAAAUCUGGAUCCCUGGUUUCAGAGGCACAACAAGGCUCUGAAAUUAACUACCAUUGAGUACAGAAUGUACAGAAUUUACUCUGUGUCCUUGACUAGCUUUCCAUAACCUGAAAUCACCUUUCCUCCACACUGAGGGAUGUUUUCUUUCUUAUUAUGCAUAAAUAUUUUUGUUCUUUUACUUCUCUGCUUCAGAAUUUGCCUCUCGGCGCUGAAUGUGUUGGCUCCCUCAAGCUCACCUACAUCUCUAAGGUAAAAGGAAAUUUUGUAGCUGGAGCGUAUCUAGUACCAGCAUGAUAAGAUUAUAUGUAAAUAGAAUUUAUUUACAGUAUUUGGUUGAAGUGUGGCGCUAACACUUGUGCUGUGUCCUUAUCAGGUCAGCGAUGCCACUAAGCUGAGGCCAAAAGCUGAGUUCUGCUUUGGUAAGAAAACGUUUAUCUUUACAAUCAUGCUCAGUGUUUUUAAUUUACCACCUUGACAUCCAUCUUUUAUCUUUUUUUUUUUUUUUUUAAUCUAGUAUGUUUACAGUUUUUUUUGCUUCCAAAUCUCCAAAAGAUGAGAGAUGAUUAUGUUAGCUCUCUGAGGUGCUCUCUGAUCAAAUUUCUCUCUUGUAUUAAUUCCAGUUGGACAUGUCUCUUUCUGUAUUAUAUUAAAGAAAAGCCAUGGUUUUAUUUAAGCCAGUUUCAGUCACAUUUUGAAUUCAUUUUUGAUUACAGACAUACCCUUGUCUGUAUAAAUAUCCAAUAUAGAGAUGCACCGAUCCAUUUUUUUCCGAUCCAAUCCAAUAUCGAUACCUGGGCUGAGCGUAUCAGCCGAUACUGAUCCGAUACUACUGUUGAAUGAAUGAACUGAAUACCUUGUCCUGUGAUUGAAGGCAUCAGGCUUGAGAUUAGUCUUGUUAAAAAAAAGUAACAAAUUAACACAAAUAUGAAUUUAUUUAAUAUUAUUUAUUAACAAAUAACAAAUUGCACAUUAGCACACAGAAAAAAGAAGUAAGAUUUUCAUGUAGUAAAAGAAAAAUUAAUAAAAUUUAAAAAAGGAUGGAUCGGCGUCAUUCAUCAGAUAUCCGAUCCAGUUAAUUUGUCAAUACCGGAGCUGAUAUCUGAUCCAAAUAUUGGAUCAGUGCAUCCCCAAUCCACUAAUAGCUUUAAAUAAGGGAAAUAAAAACAAGUCAUCACAGAUUUACUCAUUGGUCAUCUGUCUCAGUUAAAUUGGUCUGCUUUAAAUUGUUUAAAAAAUGUCUCUUAGUUCAAACUGUGAAUCUGAAAGCUGAGUAACUUCUCUGUUUCACCUGUUUUUCAAAUAUUAUAGAAAUCUGAAACAGUUUCAGUCGUCAAACUGAAAAUAAAAGUGAAAAUCCUAAAAAAGUGAGCGAUCAGAGAAACCUUGUUGCCGUUGGGAGAGUGGCAUCUGCUCAGAUUGUGUCUACUGGUGUUAAAUUUGGACACCAGAACUGUCACGAUACUGGUGAAUUUUGACCUUGGAUAUGAUAGAUACGAAAUCGAAAAAUGUUGAUACUUGUUUCGAUACUAUAGCAACAAAAGCAGAGAGACACUCAGUAGGCAGGAGGAGAAGUGCUACUUCUUCUCAAAAACAAACUCAAUCUGGCAUCUUCCUGUGCGGAGGAGUGGACGUGAUUUCAGGUUCUUCUGAGUGUUACCACUGUAAAACAAUCAGAAAGGAAUUCUUUUUCAUGUGUUUAAUUACUUUGUCCUCUUUUUUUCUCUGUUUGAAUUGACCACUGCGGCUUUCUCUGCUUGGGGUAGCUUUUGGAUGCAUUGACUCUUUAUGUUACAAAUGAAUGGAGGUCAUAUCAUCAGUAGGAAGUAGAAAGUAUCAGGGUAUCCACCAUGUCUGUUAGCCUUAGUCCACAUUUGAAAAAUCCAGAAAUAAUUGUGUAACAAACCAAACAAGUGCAAACUUUAGCUCCUUUCUUAUCCUCUCAGCCUUCUCAUGAGGGUUGAGGGUGUGACUGUCGCUGUUGGAAAGUUUAAAAGCAGAAGGACCCAAUUCUCUGAUUCGGUGUCACAAAAGUGUGGAGGAGAGGGAGUUUCUGGAGUUAAGAUGACCAUCUGGCAAGCUGCUUUGAUUUAAGUUUUUCACAGCAGCUUCCCCUCUGUCAAUGCACAGUGCGUUUUACCCCAGUCUCCUUGAUAUUGGAAAUAUGGACCAUCUGCAGGUUAUUUAGCAGUGGACCUUUUUUUUUCCUGGUGUGUUUACUAGCUCCUCUUUCUCUUCCAACCGCUCACUGUGUUGCCUUCAGUAAUUGUGUGUGGGGGUCUGUCUGCAUGUGCACAACAUUUGCCUCGCUGAGGUUUGGACAGGAUGCCAGGUUCCUAAUCUGAACCUGACUCAAAGAUGUUAGAGGAUAUUUUUAAACAGCUGUGUGCGCCACAUGUUUCACUCAUAUCUACAAAUCUUGCUGCUGCUCCCCACAGCAACUUCAGAGGAAACAUGAGGGUUUUAUUCUGGUUUGAAGAGAGGUCAAGCAAUGGCCGUCACAUUUUUUUUAUUGGGCUGAUGUGAUUGAUGUGUUUUUAUGAUGAUACAGUUGAGUCCAUGCCCUGUGUCAGUGUGGGAGUGUGUGAGACGGAAAGCGGUGCAUCCAUGUGAACUUUGGCUCUGGGCUGUGUUUCUGUGCAGCACACAUUGUUUUAUGAUGUGUAACUAUGACUAAGAUCUGAUACCCUUCCUGUCAGUGACCCAAAGACGACUGUAUUUUCAUUACGGGCAAACAGCUCAGCUUUGUGGGACACACACUGGGCGCAUUUUAGGUUUAUUGAUUGGUGCUUGUCGUUUCAAUAAAACCAAACAGAAAGACUUAGUUACAGAAUUCAAGAAAAAGGAGCAUGUGUCAGUGCUGGUCUAAACUCAAGCAACUGGAACUGGGAGACUGAUCCUCAUUGUGCCAUAAAUUUUAAGCCUUUAGUGCCUUUUGCAGCUCACCAUCCAUCUUUGGUGUAAUUUAUUCACAAGAUGUCAAAAGGAAACAGAGUAGACAUCAGGAGGGUUUGAGCUGAGGAAUUAAAAGAUUUAUGGUUGAGGGGGAAUGAGAUGAGAGUCGAGUCUUCUUCCUGCAGCUCCUAAAUCCUGAUCCAUGGCUUAUCAGCACUUGACCCAAAAAAUUUUUGUGAUCUAAAAAUUGGGUUUUGGUUGUGCUCUUACAUGCUGAGAAUAUUCAGUGGUGUGUAACGGUGGGCUCUUUUUUUUUUUUGUCUCCGUUAUGGUUGGAAGUGGGUAGGUGGUGGCAGACUGAAGCAGCUGUAUCCAGCUGGUUCAUCAACAUCUUCAUAAAGGGUGGGAGAACUGCAUGGAGUGUGUGGGAGAGUGCAUGUACUCAGUUGUUCUCACUUCUAGGGAAAUGUGUGGAAGUGGAUCCCAUCAUACUCCCUCAGAACUAAAGGGCAAAUUUCAACACCCGCUUUAUAAUACAUCUUUGUACUUCAAUGCCUGUGAUUCAUAUAAACAAAGAAUGAUUCACAUGAUGCAUGUGAAUGUCUGACUGUGAUUAAAGAGGUCCGAACAAAGUUUCUCUUUCUCUUUCUAAUGUUCCUACUAAUGUGUUUUUUUUAUUAGUCAUCAAUGCCGGGAUGAGGAAGUUCUUCCUGCAGGCCAACGACCAGCAAGACCUUGUGGACUGGGUCAACGCUCUUAAUAAAGCCACCAAGAUCACCGUGAGACACCCACACACAGAUAAACUCACAUUACACACCCGGUUACUGAUUCAGCUGCUCUCAUCUCUUCCUUUUUGGCGCACGUUUUAACACUUAUAGUAACUUUUAUUUCCUUGAGUGAAUGGAGUGAGAAGAAAAGAGAUGAGAGUGAAUCAGAGGCUGACUAACAGGAUGUUAUAUUGUUGGAUUGAGUGCUGGCAUAAAGGACUGUUUCCAUUGUUCUCCAUGAAAUGAUCCAGCAGGGAAAUGGAUCCUAGUUGUUUGGAAGUACUUGCUAACUUGCACGUAAAAGACCGUCUUUUGGUUUAAUUCCUCAAUCCUCAUGUGUUUUUGUAUGCGUGUGUUUUGCUAAGGUCCCAAAAUUAUCUGAUGGGCAGCAGAAUGCAGAGAACCUGAAGACUCUGCCAGAUGUAGUCGGGCUCAAGAAACAAGUCUCUUAUAGGACGGAGAUCAUUGGAGGAGUCCCCAUCGUCACACAGACACAGGUAAACAUGACCCACAAAUUUGGGUCCGAACACUGUAUGCAGUCUUUUAUUGAUAAAACACUGUAUGAAAAUGAUACUGUAUUAAAAAGAAUUUAAAAAUCACUCACUCCUUUUAAUAGACAGAACUUUAGCUAGAAGUACACAUUUCACUCUUUAACCAAUCAAUCAAUCUUUUUGAUAUCACGCCAAUUCACAACAUUUCUAUUUACGAAGACCCAAAUGUAAAGAUAGAAUAAAGCUGAGCCCCAUCUUUUAAGAUUAGACCCACUCCCAUCCCAUCUUAAACCACAUGACAUGAGUGGAGCACAGCACAUCACAUCAUUUAGAAAGUUACAGUGGCAAGAAACAACUUCCCUUAAACAGGCAGAAACCUCGAGCAGAACCAGACUCAUGUUAGACAGUCAUCUGUUAAUACUAGAAAGAACUCCUACACAACUUCUUCAUUUAUACUAAAAAAAGAUAAGAUACUCCUUUAUUGGUCUCACAAGGGGAAAUUCCUAAAUUAUGUUAUGGAAAGAUGAGAAAUUUUGUUAUGUGGUCUGAGUUGAUCUGACAAAGCAGUGGAAGAAGAAAAACACUAGAUGCGUAAUGGUGAUUACCAAUCAAGCAUCAGUGAGCCUAUAGCACAAAAUUAACAGGUUUAGCUUUUCUGUGUUUAUAAUUGUAACUGAAGGAGUUAGGAGUCAGGUGACGAGGUGAUUGAAAAAAACAUGGAGGCUUUUGUACCAGUGACAAGUGUCCCGUCCCUUACAACUCAAAGUCUUUUGUGGUCAAAUAUGAUUGUAGAGUAAAAAACAUGAAACUGGAAUAUAUUCAUAGGAUCUUCAAGAAAUGAGAUUUAUAAAAGUUAUGAAAUGUAAUUCUGUUAAUAAGUGACAUUUGCAAAAUACAGUCAAAAAAUAACUGACAGACAAUGUACUUUUUUGUAUUUCAUUUUUUAACCCUUGUUUUUACUGAUGAAUACUACGUAAUCACUCCACCCUCUAAAAUAUAAAAAGCUUGGUUUCAUUUUUUUUUUUUUUAAUUGAAAUGCAAAGCAUAAAUGAGCUUCUGUGUCCUUUUUGAAUGGACUAUACAGUUGUUUGUUAUACGAAAUCUCUCAUGUCCUUCACCCUCCAGCAAGAAGGUGGUGAUGCUGCAGACAGAGCCGAGCGAGAGGCCAUGCAUCGCUCCCACAGUCAGCUACCGUACUUCCUGGGCAGGCCGACUCAGGAGCAUACCGUCAUCAAAUCAGGCUACUGCGUCAAGCAGGGAGCUGUGGUGAGUCCUUCUGACUGUUGGGUGUUUAUAUCUGGUUUAUCCUUCUGGUAUCAAUAAGACAAGUUCUUCAGUACAGAUAGUCAGGGACUGACAACACUUUGCAUGUAGUUUUGCCCUAAUGUUACUAUCUGCUUACUGUCCCCUUUCUGAAAAGUCCUCUACAUUUAGCAAAUCUUACCACAGAAACACAACAGGUUUAUUUCUGCAUAUGAGGAUUGUUAUUGCAUAUGAUAUUGUUUUGGUGAUAUGCAUGUGCAGGAUUUUAAAAAACUACUGCUGUGAUGUCUUUCUUUCUGUGUCUUAUUACAAUAAAGAAAAAUAUAAACAAGAAAAUUUAACAUCAGCUCCAGGAUCCCUCCUAAUACUUGAGAUGUUAAAUGUCACUCUAGGCCCAAUCCAGACAUCAGUGAAAGUAGCUCUGGCUCAUGUUUGUCGACAGGAGGUUAACCGUUACUGCGUGUCGAGUAGUCGUGGAAAAUUGGAACUUUUUUCCUUUGAUAUUAAGCAGCUUAGCAUGACAUGUAUGAGUCAAUUCAGUCACGAUCAAGCUGCAUCCUCUUAUCUUGAGGUGUGAAACCAAUGCAGAAAUGUCGAAAAUUGCAGUUCCUCGAGUGUCCACUUGAGGCAUCCUGCAAAAGUACUGUAAGCCACAUACACACCCAUCUAGAAAAACCUCUAGACUAAUUAUAAACCAAAAAUCAACAUGUUUAAAACAUUAUUUUUGGUCUAAAUGGCUCGCUUCUCCAACCAGUCAUAUGUCAGAUGUAGAGCUGACUUUAGUCCAACAGGUAUUGUCUGUGAGAGAGUACCAGUGAGUUUCAGUUGGUUUUUCAGCCCCAUUUAGAGAACUGCUGCAGUCAGAGAGAAACUUGUUUUGUGUAGAGGUUUAUGUUAAGAUGACCCACAGUUAAGAUUUCUGCUUGAUCUGUCCAACUUUUUCAGUGCACACAAUGCCAAAGAGUAAAUGACUUUUUUCAUCUUUAUUCAGAAAUAGUAAAUCAUGUUUAUGCAAAACAAACAAGUAUCUAGAUUUUAAAAGUUCUCAACAUCUUCCCUGUUCUUGUUUUCUAGAUGAGAAACUGGAAACGUCGAUAUUUCCUCCUGGAAGAAAACUCCAUGAGUUACUUCAAGUCAGAUUUGGUAAUAAUCUUUGAUGACGUUAUGUAAAGCCUGUGAAGAAUGUCUUUAUUUGAUAAUAUGUGGGAUUUAGCUCCACAGUGAGGCAGAGAAGCUCCAAACACACAUCCUCCAGUUCCAACAUGUUUUACCUGCAGCCUGAGGAAUUCAGUACCUUCACUCCACAUGUCCGAUCAUGCCCUGUUCCCCCCUUGCCUAUCUUGCACACCCACACACGCACACACACAUUGUCUUCUGAAUAAUACAGCAUGUCUCAUACCCUGUCCUUGUCAGGCUCUGCCCUUAUUUGACAGCUUUAUCUGUCUAUUUGGCUAUCAACAGGCUCACAGAUGCAGACUCUCUGUCUCCUCUAUGACAUGGCCAGGUCGAAAAAGUUACAACCAUCAGGGAUUUAGUUUGCAGAAGAACUUGACGAUCUAGUCGAUAAAGACAUGUAUUUGCUAACUGUUAAAUUACCCUUUGUAUUUCAGUGAAGUAAGUAAUGUGAAUGGUUAUUUUCUCGCCUAAAGGAAAAAGAGCCUCUGAGAAUGAUCCCAUUAAAGGAAGUCAACAAAGUCCAGGAGUGCAAACAAAGGUAUUCACAUGUCUCAGCAUUUUCCCGUUGUCUCCUGGGGAUGGUGUUUAUUUUGUUCUGAUUCAUGUGAAGGUAAAGAUGUGAUGAAUAUCUUUAUCUGUUUCCACUCUUGUUGCAGUGAUAUCAUGAUGAGGGAUAAUCUGUUUGAAGUCGUCACCACUUCCAGGACUUUUUACAUACAGGUAAGACAUAAACGCUCCUUUUAGUCCACACACUCAGAAUCUCUGUUGCUACCAACACUCAGUGGAAUCAGUUUCUGUCUCGUACUCUUCACUGACACUCACUGUCUCUCCUUGUUUCCUCUCCACAAGGCUGACAGCCCAGAGGAGAUGCACAGCUGGAUCAAGGCUGUCUCAGGAGCCAUUGUGGCCCAGCGGGGGCCCGGGAGGUCUGCAGCUACAGUAUGUAUUUGGCACGACAUUGCAGCACCGUAGUGUGAUUUCUGGUCAACAUAAAUCGACUGUGGAGGCUGAUAAGUCUUGAAAUGUACCUCUACACCUGUGAAAUGACUUUUAACUCUACUUACUCUUGCAUGGGCAGAACUUGAGCCUUAGGAUUCACUCAAGACAAUCUGUGCCAUGCUGUGGUAUGUUACAUCCCCAAAGUGCAGUGUUUGUUUGGUGAAUGUUAGUGCCCCAUACUGAGCCCAGGCAGGGUAUGCUUCCUCAGCCCUGGUUUGACUGUUUGAAGAGGCAGUCUUCAGCACAGUGUGGUUACUCAUGUGCCCUCACAUGCACAGUGCAACGAGCGCUAUACAUCAGAUUGACAUAGUGGGACACAGAAAACAGAAGGACUCCGUUACUGUCAGGAAUUAAGUUUGCUCAACAAAAGCAGCAGAAAAACUGAGAGGAAAGAUGAUAAAAAUGUGACUCCCAUACCGCGAUUGAAUCUGCACCUAAUAAAGGCAUCUGUAAAUGUUGCAGUCCAGCACAAGUGGAUCAGGAUGAAGUUUACUGAAGUGAAAGAACCCUGCUAUCACUGAUAGCGCCAGAUAACAGGAACUGUAGCAUCUAUGCUGGUCACUUACAAAAGUCUGUCCUCACUGUCCUUUUUGAAACUCAGUUGUCUCUUGGUGUCAUGUUGCUGAGCGAAACCUUUGUCCUUACAUCGCUGGGUGAUAUCUACCUUUAAUGAGCUCCUGUAUUUGAUGUGUUGUCCCCUUAUUAAGAGGAACCUUUAUGGUGCAGAGUUUGCAUAUUGUUUCGUCUACAUGAACUGGCUAUCCCUUUUUCUGUCAGUCAUAAACUAACAUCUUCCUGAACUUAAAAGUUUUCAUGUGUAUGUAGGGCUAGGUGAUAACGAUGAAGGCUCAACAGAUUACAACAUCGUCAACAGCACGAAAACGUCGUUGGUGUGGAAGUAUUUAGGUUUUUUUUUUAGGUUGGACACGAAGCAGAGUAAUGUGCACUGCAAAUUAUGUCAAGUACAUGUUAAAUUUGAUUUAAAAGUAACAGGUAACAGUUAAGAUUGACAAGUGAUUUUUUUAAUAUCCUGAUAGACACACCUGAUUCAAAUGAUCAGCUCGUUAUUAAGCCAUUACAGAGCUUGAUAACGAGCUGAUCAUUUGAAUCAGGUGUGUUGGGGCAGGGAAACAUCCAAAACAUGCAGGACAGUGGGCCUCGAGGACUGGACUUGAGAACCACUGCUUUAACACAUUUUUAACGAUAAAUAUAUCAUGAUAAACUCUUUCCCGCAUCGCCCGGCCCUAUGUGUACCUUCUAUCGUUGUAAAGAAAGACACUGACACUUAACAGCAUUAGAGACAAAAAUAGGAAGAAGAAUUAUUGAGUAGAAGAACAAAAGCAGAGAGGUCUCAUGAAGUAAGACAAAAUAUGAAUGUACCUGUUGUAGCUGUUGCUCGUUGUCCCCCAGCAUGGUUUGGGUACAGUAAAAAGGAAAGCCCCGGGUCCCCAGGUGGAUGCAAACAAUUGAGCUUUUACGUUCUUUUCAACAGUCUAUCAUCAUCGUCCACUUCAUGUUGGCAGACUGGGGUACCCUCAAAGUCCACCAGAUCUGUGAGCUCCCUACCUAAGUUUAAAAUCUGUUGACAGAAACAGGUUUGAUCAUAGAAGUAAAGCAGCUUCACAGUCCUGACUGCAGAGGACACAGUGCCGGACCCCCUCUGGUUACACUGAAAUCAUUCUCGACUCAUCUGCCUUGUCUACAGUGUGUAUUUCUUUCUCUCCUGCUUGUUUCUCUCUCAACUUUUUCCUCUUCUGUGCCUCCUCUCUCUCUUCUUCAUUCUUUCUUUCUUUGUCCCAUUCUCUCCACGUUCUCUUCCUCUCCCUCUGGGCUGACGGCCCAUCUGCUCUAAUACUGCUGUGCACUGUGUUGUUGCAGAUGCGGCAGGCCAGACGGCUGUCGAACCCUUGUAUACAGAGGUAUACGUCCCGAAUCGGGGAGUGCAGCAGCACGUAUGUCAGCUCGUCUAAAUCCCCCCUUUAAACUAUAAGUUCAUCUUUGUUUAAAACUUUCCUCUCACUGGCUGGCCCUCUGUGGUUGUCACUAUUAUGAGAGGGGGUCAGAUCUGACGGCACAUCUGAUGCUCCUCUUCGUAUUUUUCCUAUGAACCAACCACAUCCUGAGUAUGGCUGUGAUAACCCAACAAGCGCUCCUCCCUUCACGCCCUCGUCCUCGCUGCUUUUUUCAUCCACCUCUCCUCCUCCUUUGCUUUCCUUUUUCUUUUGUAACUUCAAGCCCACCUCAAAGUUUGAGCCUAUCUUAUUGAGAGUUAAAAUUGUUCCUAGUUAAUUAUGUAAGAGAAAAAGUAUCUCUAAAAGUUUUUGACUUAUGGUGUGCUCGAUGUAGCUCCUCUAGCAUGUGAAUGAUUAUCGCCACAGGCAUUACAACUAGAAUCAAGCAUUUCUGUAGACAUUCAGCUGCUUAAAAGUUACAUUUUCAGGUUGCGUAUGGCUCUAGAAAACAUCAGAAGACCCACAAUGAGUGCCUCCUCCUCCUCCUCCUCUCCCUUAACUUCACCUGCAGAGCUUUCACCUGUCCUCACAGUUAUUGACACCGCAGAAGUGUGAAAAAAAAAAAAUCUCUGUACAAAUCACACUCAUGCACUCUGCUCGCUGCAUGACUUUCCCGACCAGCAGGGCUCUGAAUACCUUCAGCCUGUUCCUAUCUCUGUCUGUAUUACUGGGUACAUGUGUCUUUCACACCUUGUGUUUCUCUUCCCUUCAUGCUCUGUUAUCUCUGCAGUCUGCUGCAGCUGUGUACCUGUCUUAGAUGUGUGACAUCCUGCUUGUCUCUCCUCCUUCCUCCUGUCCGCUGCCUGUAUGUUUUUAUUUUCUCUUUCUCUCAUAAACAAAAUAUAUAAAAAUGAUUUUUUUUCCAUUUAAACCUCUUGUACCGUUGUGUCACAUAUGUUAAACUAAGUAAAUGUUUAAGCUGAAUCCAAAGUCGUGUCACAAACCUGUAGCUUUUCCAGUUAAAGGGAUAUUCUGGCGUAAAAUUGAGUUAGGGUCAAACACACCAUAACACCAAGUUAGACACCCGGUCAAGAGAUGAAUGUUGCUGACAGCUUGCUUCUCUAGUUAGACGAACUUUAGUAAUGACCGCACGAUAGCAAUACACAGUGGUCUGAGGAGCCAUAAACAAACUUCAACCAAAAAGCCACUCUAUAGCCACAAAUAAUGCUCAGAACUACACCUAACUUCAUCAACAGUACAUAUUGGGUCCCAGCCAUAGGACUAGCCACCAAACAUCUUUUUAACUUAAAAGUUAAUUUCUUUAGCAAAGAGAUUAAACACAACUAACCUACUCUCUUCCAGCAGCCGCUUGUUUGUAGUGAGACCUCGGGCCAGUCCAUUACAGACUACAGCGGGUUGACGCAGCUCAAGCAAGAACAUUUAUGAUAAUUUCUUUAUGGAAAUGCAAUCAGACUGAGACACUAAGGCAGAAGAACUACCGCGUCUGCAGUGCAAAAUGAUUAAUAUGAUGAUUAUUAAUUCAAGGAAAUGAUGAAGAAAUGAUCAUAAAUGUUCUUCCUUGAGCUGCGUCACCCCGCUGUAGUUUGUAAUGGACUGUCCCGAGGUCUCCAUAUAAACAAGCGGUUGCUGGAAGAGAGUAGGUGAGUUGUGUUUAGUCUCUUUGCUAAAGAAAUUAACUUUUAAGUUAAAAAGAUGUUUGGUGGCUAGUGCUAUGACUGGGACCCUAUAUGUACUGUUGAUGAAGUUAGGUGCUGUUCUGAGCAUUAUUUGCGGCUAUAGAGUGGCUUUUUGGUUGAGCGAGUGGCUUCUGUGUAUUGCUAUCGUGCGGUCAUUACUAAAGUUGGUAUAACUAGAGACGCAAGCAGUCAGCAACAUUCAUCUCUUGAGGGGGUGUCUAACUUGGUGUUACAGCGUGUUUGACCCUCAAUUAAUUUUACGCCAGAAUAUCCCUUUAAGUAUGAAUUUUAAUUUCAGAGUUUUUAGUGUUAUGAUGUAUUAGAGUUGCUGUAAGCUGCUAGUAAUCGUCUAAAACUCCAGUGGAGUUCAUUCACCAAGGAUCUGUCUUUAAGCUUGAUUUUGGUCUUUGGAUUCAACAAGAAAAAAAAACCUUGUACUACCCUAAUUCCAGGAAAGUUGGGAUGCUGUGUAAAAUUUUGAUUAAAAAAAACGACUGGAUGGUUUGCAGUUUAUCUAAACCCUCUAUUUGAUUAAAAUAGUUCAAAGACAACAAAUCAAAAGUUAAAAUGGGACAGAUGUUCAUAUGAAAGUUGUUGCCAGCAACACAUCUUAAAAGUCUGGAGCAGGGCAUGUUUACAAUAAUAUCCCACAUCGCCUCUUAUCUAACCCUGCUGUAUACCUAAGUGAACUGAGUCGAUCAGUUUCAAGAGUUUUAAAAAGUCCACUUCUCUCUGUUGUCAUCUGCUCAACAGUUUGAGGUCUCUUUUGUUGAAUAAUCAGUUUCAUUACAUGCUGAAUGUUUCAAGUCGGCACCACAGGCAGUACCCUGACUCUUCCACUUUACAGCCAUGCUGUUUUAAUGCAGAGCAGAAUAUAGUUUCGCAUUGUCUUGCCGCAAUGUUCUACAUCUUCCCUUCAAAAGGCACUGUUUGGAUGACAGCAUAUGUUGCUCCAAAAGCUGUUUAUUUAUAAAGUUCAGAAUAAAUGAUCGUUUCCCAGAUUUGUAAGCUAUCCAUGCCAUGUGCACAUAUGCAUCCCCAUACUUUCAAGGAUGCUGGCUUUUAAUGUGUGUGCUGAAAACAAGCAGGGUGGUCUUUCUCCUCUUCGGAGUAAAGGACGUGGCAUCAAUGAAUAAAAAAAAGUCAGUGGUGGUCCAUCAGAACCACAAGACAGUUUUCCAUUUCACCUCAGUCCAUCUUAAAUGGACUCAGGCUCCAGAGAAGUCACUGGUAUUUACAUUGUUCAGUUUUAACUAGAUGCAGCGAUGAGCUGUGUUCACAGUCUAUUGAUUUUGGAAGUGAUUUUCAGCUCAUGCAGUGAUUUCCAAUGUAGUUUCAUGUUUGAUUUUGAUGCCUGAGGCCAACCAGUACUGGUUUUGGGCCUUGUCCCUUUCGUACAGAUUAUUCUCCAGAUUUUCUGAAUAUUUUAAUGAUAUUACUCUCUGCUGUACACGAUGAACUUCCAAAAUUCUUUGCAAUUUGACGCUGGGCAACAUUAUUCUAAAGUUAUUAAACUAUUUUCUCACAGAGUGGUGAACCUAUCAUGGUCUUUAUUUCUAGGAGACUCUUUGUCUCCAGAUUUGCAGAUCUGAAUCCCAGUCAUGUUACUGGCCAAAUUAACUAGAUCAGUAAAGAGGUGUUCCUCCAGCAACUUUUUUCUGAGUUUUGAUGUUCCUGUCUCAUCUUUUUUUGAAAGUGUGGAUGGCAUCAAAUUUAAAAUAAGCAUAUUUUUGUGAAAUGAGAACAAUUUUCCAUUUUAAUAUCUGAUGUGUUUUCUUUGCGCUAUUUUCAAUCAAAUCUUGGGUCUAACUGACUCGCCAAUAAAAAUCUGUUUUACACAGUGUCCCAACUUUAUGGAAUUGAGGUUGUGAAUUGAUAUGUCUCUUGUAUAUUUAGACAUGUUUAUUUUGGAUUAAAGUUAUUGUUAAAUCUUAAGAUACUCCAGGGAUAUUCUUAGAUAACACAUAAACCUCAAAAGUGCUGCUGUUGCAUCUUGUAGGAGAGUCCAGUUUAUCCACAAAUGUUUCUCUAACCAACACUCUACUAACAGCUCAACGGCUGCCUCUUAUGGCUUCUGUUUUGUUUUGUUUUCCAGAGAUUGAAAUCUGACAAUGAAAAGAUGUGAAAUAACAGGCCACAACCCACCAUUGCUACCUAAUCAACUCUGCUUCUCCACUUCAACCUGUUGAGACAACCACAACUAAAACCUGCUGACACUACUACUACUACUACUACCACUCCUCCUGCUACCUCCUCUAUAACUACUACUACUUCUACUACUACUACCACCACUGCUUCUACUGCUACUUCCACCACCAUCUUCCACUCUUUUGCAAUGCUUCAGCACCUUCAACACCAACUCUGCUAAAGCUGCAUCAGCCUUCAUAUGCUGGUGCUAACUCAAGUCUGUAACUCCCUUUUCACUCGCUUCUCAAAUAAACUACAAAUGUCAGGGUUUCACUUUUCUCACUGUCUUGUCUUUCCUUCUUUUUUUCCCUUCUCUGUGUCCACCUCAGGAACACGGCAACCGUCCCUCUUUCUACCGCAGCCCCUCGGGUCCCCCCGUCCCUCGCUCGCCCAUAUCUGCCAUGCCACCAUGCUACCCAGAGUGGGGCACUGCUGUCACGUGCGGCACACGCCCACAGCCUGGCUUGGGACAGCGAGCACUUCAUGAGCCUGCUGCCGCGGCCCAGUCACAGCCACACGCCAGCACGCCUAUCCCUGCAGGAGACGCGCUUGGCAAAGUGAGCCUCGAGCCACCUGCGACCACCAUCAGUAACUCUGAGGAGGAGUCACCAUGGCGACGAAGGAGCAGCUUUGAGCCCCACAUGCCUGAACCUCCUCUGGACCUGGAUGACGCCGACCUGCCUGUGAGCGAGGUCUAAACUGGACAUUAGGACUUGGAGAACUGGAUGAUGUUAACCAAGAGUUCAUGGACAAAGAGGAAACUGUCGGACAGGUGUGUUUGAAACCAAAGCUGUUGGCAGAUAAGUGAUGUUUGACGCUACAAACUUGUGUGUGGAGCUCCUCCAUCAGUGUGUCAGAGAAACCACUGCACUGCACUUAUGUGCCAAAGACAACCUGAUCUUCACCCACACUUGUAUGACUGCCUGCUGCCACAUGUACAUUUGUGUAUUUAUUUCCUUAGACUUUUCAAACAAAACUGCAAACUUUACUUUACUUGUCCCUAACUAAUGACAGAGCUUUAUUUUAACCUUAAAUGGUGUGUUUGAUGGUGUUUAUGGGAAGAGUGAACAACUUCACUCCAAGAGAAUAAGGGAGUUUUGGUAGGAGCCAUUUCCUCAUGGCUGAAAAAGUGUUUGAAACGAGGACUGUAUUUGUAUCACCUCUCUAACCCACUAAUCUAAACUGUGUGAUUCAUUCAUACUCUUACUACAGAGCCCCGCAGCUGUUAAACAGUGUUAAGGAUUUGGGUUAAGCUUUUACUGAAUUAUAAAAAUCAUCUCUAUGAUGCAAAUUUCAACUCAAAAUUCAAGUCUAGCAGGAGAUGCAAAAAGUCAAAUCAUUUGUUUACAACUAAACAUGCUUAUUAAUGCAAGAUUUGAGUUGCUGUGACCAACAAAUGCAGAGCCUUUUACUUAUACUUCUUAAUUCUUUCAUAUUAGAGGGUUAACUUGGCUGUAAAAUACUGGAUAUAAGUCUGACUGGUAUAUAAGACAGUCUCAGCUAUCAUUUUGAGUGAAGACCUUUGACCGACAUGCAGCUCUUUCAAAUGCGAUCCGUUUUUGCAACUGUUAGGGAGGUUGAGCUCAGCCUACAGGAGCGCUGAUAUUUGUGAGGAUUGGGUUGUUCUGCUACCCAUAACCAGUUUAUAAGGACUCAUUCUAACCACCCCAUCACUUGUCCCAAAUUGGGGACUCAUUUCAAUCAAAUCAGGACUCCACAAGGAAUAUUUAAUAGCAGGGUCUGGAAUUAACCCUCUUAGUUUUCCAGCUGAAGAAAAUUUUCACCAGCCAAGUAUGUUUUUUUUACAAGCCAAAAUGAUAAAUUGGGUUUUUGUGAUACAUAUUCAAUCUAAAUUACAUCAAGAUCAUUACAUGUUUGUUUUAGUGCUAAUAGUUACCAGACAUUUGAUGCGUAACCCUCUUAAAUUUACUGGCCUAAACAGGAAAUUGACCCGCAUUUGGCAUUUGGUGGGGCCAACUGGUUGGAAAGAUCCUGCUUAAUAGUGUACCACCAGUUUCCCUGAAUGCAUGACUCUAACCUUAAUGAGAGAUAAAGGCUGUUAAAUAGAGGCACUUCCAGCCUGGUCUGCAUUGCUGUGUGUCCAGUAUGCUUUUUGCAGCGCAGCGGCCUCUUCCUCUUUAAAAUCCAGUGACACCAGUGCAUAGGUUGUGGCUCAUUAUUGCGUCUUACUCACCAGAUUUCACGGUGAUGGUGAUUCAGCUGUUAUGACUACAAGCUUAAGAAACAUACAUAUAACUAUAACGUAUAGUUUGACGCAUAUUCCUCCUUUUUUUGGUGAAGUAAGGGUACUUUCAAGAUGUUUUUAGACCUAUCACAGCACAUGCAGCACUACACAGCCCGAAUCAGACACUUUGCGAGCCACAUUACGACAUCACCAGACAACAUGGACUUUGCAUUAUCAGUAACCAAGAAGAGUUCACUUGUGUACAGUUUGUAAUUCAUAGUAAUAAAACCUUCAACAACAGGGCUGGGUCAGUUCUAGAUAAGCUUACCAGACGACUGUAUUAUAACAAACUCACUUGUCCUGACUGAGCCUGUAGUUUGAUGUGAUGGAAGAUGAUUUUACAUCUUUGAGACACAAUACAGACAAUUUGGUUCAUGGUUUAAUAACGACUCAUUUCAGUUCAUGCGUUUCCGUAGCAUGUCAGAUCAUCUCUCCGUUUGUAGGUUUUUAGUUUCUCCACAGCCCCUAGUGUUGCGUGUGUGAGUGUGCAGAUACGAGCUGAUUUAUUUUCUUUAUGCUUUUAGAUGUCCCCUCUUCAUAAUUCUUGUACCUGUGUUCCCCAACUCAGCCUUAUUGUUUUAAAAGUGUCUCACUGCUUAACAAAACACACUAAUCCUUUUUUUUUUAAGUGCCUGUUUUAUGUCAGUCCCACCAGCUUUUUCAUCUCUUUUUUUUAGUCUGGUGUAAUUGGUUUGAAAUGUUUUUAUUUAUUAUGUGGUUGACUUGAAAGAAUUAAACACUGAAAAUUUG